GAAAGAAACAUCAUCAAAAUACCUACAAAGGCGAUAGAAUAUGUAUAACAAAAUAUCGCGAGAGUGAGGUGAACGGUAUUCUAUGAGCUAGCCCAGCAAUCAUAAUUAUUUCCCAGCUAGAGUCACAUUCCUGCAGAGGAGAACUCCCUGCUCUAUCAAGAUGGGGAUGCUUAUAUUAGAGGAUAGAAUGGAACAUGUUCCUGGUGAGGAAUUUCUCAUAUCUUUGUCAGAUUGGUUCGUUACUGACUACUUUCAGGCACCACCCGAUAUUUCGAUGACCCGGAAAGACCUCAGGUCGCAAGUGCUGCAUCUGCCGGCUUGAAAUGUGAUACAUCCGGCCCUGUCCCUAUCAUUCUCGUCCCCCAGCCCACCGAUGACCCAAGGGACCCUCUGGUAUGACUUCUCAUCCGUUCUCAUCCAAGAUAAGAAGACAUACCUCUUACUAAUCACUCGAUUGAUAUAUAGAAUUGGCCAUUGUGGAAGCGAGAUGUUAUCCUGCUCGUCCUUUCGCUCGUUUCCAUAUUCGCAACCUGUCUGGGUCCUAUUCUCGCUGCAAAUACCCUAACCCUUUCAUUACAUUUCGGAUUACCAUUUACCGAAAUCGCGCUUCUUACGGGUUACUAUCUUAUGGCCGUUGGAGCGAUUGGUAUCUUUUACAUACCUUCGGCUAGGAUAUGGGGCAAGAGACAUCAAUUCCUUCUAGGAACUGUUAUUCUGAUCUUCUCAAGUGUUUGGGGCGGUGCUUCUAAAUCUUAUGCAAGUCUACUUUGGGCAAGAAUUUUUCAGGGAAUUGGAACAGCUCCCUUUGAAGCUUUGGUAAACGCUACGGUUGGUGAUAUAUAUUUUGUUCAUGUGAGUGCGCCUAUCAUCUUUGCCAGCGUGUCCAACAGUCCGGACUGUAAUCCGAUUGACUUUCAAAAUUUCAAUCUUUGAAAUGUUUAGGUGUUUCAGUGAAUUCAGCAUUCAUGAGAAUCUCAAUGUUCGAAGGUCUCUUAAUGUUGAACUGCGUUCAGGAUUGUUGGACACACGAAUCAUAGCCUUGCCAAAAUGGUUCAUAUGCUCAUAUUAAAAUACAGGAACGUGGCAAACGUAUGGCUUUAACCAAUCUUGCGGUGUUCGGUGGUUCCUUCUUCACUCCAAUUCUAGUCGGUAAAAUAACUCACACAAUUGGCUGGCCAUGGUCAUUCUACUUUGUUGCUAUUUUCAUCGGACUUUGUCUGCCACUUGUGAUUUUCUUGGUUCCCGAAACUGCUUAUGUACGGCCUCUUCAUUUUAACACUGAUCUAGCAUCUAGCGACGAAUUAGAUCAAUUCGUCUUGAAACCAGGUCACGAAUUAGAACAAGUACUCCGAGGACCUAAAACAAUAGAAACCAAUAUCACAGCAAAUAGUAAUGGUGGCUCGUCUACACAAGAUAACCCAAAAAUAAACCACACUCCAUAUGGCAAAGCUAAAUCGAAUUAUAAAAGCACGCUCAUGCCAUUUAGUGGUCGCUACUCGGACGAAAGUUUUUGGAAACUAUGUCUACGACCAUUCCCUCUGUUUUUCCAACCCGCAAUCUUCUGGUCCUGUCUCAUCCAAGGGACUCUCAUUGGCUGGACCGUCUUCAUCGGUAUAAUCCUCGCGGCAAUCUUCCUCGGUCCACCUCUAUUCUGGGAUGAAGUCAAAACUGGCUAUGCCUACACCGGUGCUUUCGUAGGCGCAGUUCUUGGAUUUGUUGUCGCGGGUGUUCUUUCCGAUUGGAGUGCCAAAUACAUGACAAGAAAGAAUAAAGGUAUCUACGAGCCGGAAUUCAGAAUCUUAUUGGUAAUCCCACAAUUUAUAUUCGGAUGCGCGGGUCUGUAUGGAUUUGGGAUUACAGCGAAUAGACCGGUGGAUUUUGGUUGGUUUUGGCCAAUUUUUUUCUUUGGGUUGGAGGUUAUGGGAAUGGUUAUUGGUGCUGUGGCUAGGUGAGCUUGGGUCUAUUGUGUUUCGAGUAGGAAAAGAUUACUAAUAUGUUUAGUUCUCUUUAUAUUGUUGAUGCUCAUAGUUCGUUUGCCUUUUUCUACUUACCCCCUCGCCCGCCGGCCCUCCGUACCAGUUUGUUUUGCAUGAUUAUUAACAUUUAGACAGGGGAUAUCGCCAUCGAAGCAUUUACUUGUCUUUUGAUAUUCAAAAAUUUCUUCAGUUUCGGUCUCACAUGGAGUGGAUAUCACUGGCUUGUCAAAAAUGGCGUCUACAGUACUUUUAUGAUUAUUUCGAGUAUUCAGGUCGGUGUGUGUUUAUUAAGUAUUCCAAUGUGUAAGUUUAGAUUUUCCUCUUUUGAUACCUAAUUAGAGAUGCAAGUAUUGUGCUAUCUAUUAUUGUACUCGGAGAUUCACUAAUAAUACUUGUUUUCUUGCUCUAGAUAUUUUCGGGAAGAGAAAUCGUGCGUUCUUUCAUAAACAUGAUGUUUUAGCGCUUUUGGGUUUGAGAUGAUGAUGUGAUGUGUUGUUUGGAAAUUUAUUUUCUAGGACCUGGGUUGAAAGUUUGGGGAGAUGUAAGGUUAAUGGCCCUGGGGGACUAGAUUAAAUUAAUCUUUUCGGUUUUAUUUUAUUUUAUGUUUAGAAUGCGAGUUCUUUUUUUGAAAGGGGGUGGGUGUGAAGAAUCAAGUUGAUAGACUAAAUGAUUUGAUUUUGGAUUAUUACAGAAUGGAACAUUAAUGUUUUCCCCCCCC